AGCAGCAGUGGUUUCAAAGUUCUUGUGGUUCCAGUGAGUUGUGACAUGGAAAUUCUCAAUGGCACGGACGUGAAAGGGCAGAUCCUGUUCUGCACCAUGCAGCCAGGGGAUCAAGAUGUGUUCCAGCAGUCAUCACAGUACGUCCGGGAUGGUGGGGGAUCUGGUGUCAUCUUUGCCCAGUAUACCACGGACCUAAGCUUCACAGCACUAGAUGUCUGCAAGGGCAUAGCCUGCGUUCUCGUGGACCUCGACAUCGGAAAGAAGAUCGCCAGCUACAUGGACGACGCAAGCUCUCCAAUGGUGAAGAUCGAACCGGCGCGAACCAUCACGGGGAAGGAAACACUGGCACCAAAAGUGGCCAUGUUCUCCUCGAGGGGUCCGUCGCCUGAUUAUCCCGCCAUUAUCAAGCCUGACAUAGCGGCACCUGGAGUCAACAUCUUGGCGGCAAAGGAAAAUUCGUAUGCAAUUUUGUCGGGGACGUCGAUGGCAGCCCCACAUGUAGCUGGCGUUGUUGCCCUGCUGAAAGCUCUUCACCCAAACUGGUCAUCUGCUGCAAUCAAAUCAGCCAUUGUCACUACCGCCCAUACAACCGAUGAGCACGGAAUGCCGAUACUGGCGGAAGGGCUGCCUCGGAAGAUUGCCGACCCGUUCGACUACGGAGGCGGCAACAUCAACCCUUGUGGGGCAGCUGAUCCGGGCCUGGUUUACGACAUUGAUUCACAAGAUUACGAUAAAUACUUCCGCUGCACCAUUGUCAAGAAGGCCUCCGUGCACUGCAACACGACGGGAAUGCUACCGGCAUACCACCUGAACUUGCCGUCCAUCUCGGUUCCCAACCUAAGGAGUCCGGUCACCGUGUCAAGGACGGUGACAAACGUUGGGGAUGUCGAUUCCAUGUACCAUGUAGAAAUCGAGAGCCCUGUCGGAGUAAGGAUGGAGGUUGAUCCACCUGUACUAGUGUUUGAUGCGAAGAACAAGGUUCGCACGUUUCGAGUGAAAUUGUCCCCUGUGUGGAAGCUACAAGGGGAUUACACUUUUGGCAGCCUUACAUGGGGUAAUGAUCAGAAGGUGGUGAGGAUUCCAGUUGCGGCCCGGAUUACAAUUCAGGAUUUCUAUGCGGAUGUUGCAUAGUUAACCGGGCGAAACAUGCAAAAAUAAGAUAAUAUUACAUGAUUGCAUGAUUAUUCACUUUCA